AUGAAAAAGUGCCUGGGUCCAGCUCGUCUGCCGUGUCUGGGCCGCAGGUUCUCCUCGUUCCAUUCCCCGUCAGCUUUGUACGGUUGCUCAUUCAGCUCUACGCUUCGACCGAAUCUCCCGAGCUGCGGAAUCUCCACAGGAAGGCGACAAUGGAGUCGCCCGUUCUCCGCGAGGUCUGCGGCUGUGGUCGACCGCCAGCUGCUGCGAGACUAUGCGCAAUUUGAGAAGAAAGGAUGCCCAGUGUCGGGGCCGAAAUUAAGACGGGAGGACCCCGAUUCUUGGAUUCCUCUAUUAGAACGUUACCUGCCGCCAUCCCUGCGAAAAGUACCCGAGGAAGCCGCCGAGACGGAUGCCGAGUUCGACGCCGCAACGACCAUGGGCCGGGAGACUCUCGCGCAGGCUAUCGAGCUAGCCAAAUUGCUCUUCUACGCUCGGACUGAGGGCAACAUCGAUCUACUGGCGUACUUGGGUUUUCGGUUGAACAAUUGGCCUGCGGUGAAUGUUCUUCUGACUCGGCUACUGGACGCUGCGGAUACACUUGACAAGUAUUCGAUACCCCGCAGACCUCUAUCGAGCCAUGACUGGGGCUCUAGCGCAGGUGUCUCGCUUGAUGAGCUUACCAGUCAGCAUGCCGAAGGGGCCUCCAAGCUCGUUCACCUCACAAAGUCGCCAGCUGCGUCAGAACUGACCAGCUUCGACUCGUGGACGGAGCGCCCAUUUGCAGAUGAACACGCUAAGCGCUUCAUGGCAGAGGUCUGGCAAAGCUUGGGAUCGAUUGUGCUCGAUGCCGCCGAUGCGUCCCCGAACGAGUCUAAGCUGGCAAUGUCCUACGUCUUCCGUAUCCUUGCUCGUCUACACCAUUCUGGCGCAGUGUCUGACCGGGUGUACAAAUACGAUCCUCCGAGUGUCCAUCGGGUAAACUUUCGGCCGCCGGGAAUGCACCUUUUGUCAACCCACAUCAUGAGCGUGUUGACCGAUGCGGCUUGGUUGGCACAUGAAGCAGAAGUCGCAGCAAAGGCUGCUGCUGCGGGCAAGAAGUCGCCAUACCUCCCUUUCAAUUUGGGUAUACGGGAACUUGGACAUGAGAUUUGGUUGGAGCUAAUUCUUUGGUCUUGUGUGGAACAUGGGUAUAUUCAAGAAGGAGUGUGGCUUAUAGAACGAAUGAGGUCAAAGACUGAUUCUCGAGCUUGGGGCUUUGAGAGCUGGAAGCCUCUCAUCGAAUCUUCCAGGUCGGUUUGGAAGACCAACGUGGAUGCAGAAGUGUCUUGGCGUCGUCCCGAAGACAAUGACCCUCAGUGGUCGUCACGGAGACGCACCGGUCUUGCACCCUUCAACGGGCUAGGAGAGCGAACGAUCAGCGCCGAAGUCGCCGCAGCGCUGUUAGAUAGCCUGCCCAAUCUCGUCUAUCUGGGUCUCGGCUGGCGCGGUUUAUCGCCAAGUGCGCUUCUCCGUCAUGUAUCCAACCUCCAGCCCGCCAUUGCCUCCUCCACGGCUGAGGCGAAGUUGCUACCGACUGUAAAAGCAACCAACUGGUUCGUCAUUCGUGCCAUUGAGUCUGGAGGUUUCAAUGCCGAGAAUGACCCUCGAGCUUUCGAGGCACUGCUCAAGGUUACUCCACAUGUUAUUCCACCGUGGAGUAACAAUACCUCUCCUAUGGAAGAAGACGUGGAAUCAUUGACAUUGGGGCAGCUGUAUGACGACACGUCUGCAUUUGCUGGCCUUAUGGAGUACAAUAUAAGGUUCUUUGCCUCGUGGCGUUUGUGUACAGAUGCAUUAGACGCCUUCUCCUGGCUUCAGGAAGUGGUGGACGCCAGCAAGUUGCAGCGCAUCCGCGAGUUCUCCGAGCGAGUAGGCCAAUCGGAUACAGUUAGUCUACCUUCAUUUGACCUUGACAGCCUGGAAUCCUUCAAACCGUUUGAAUCGUCGAUGCCGCAGAUGUCGAUCGUUACAGUAGCUGAAUUGCUGGACUUGGUCACGACAUCGCGGGCGUUUGCAUUCGGGGACUGGUUGUUCUUUUCGAACGACAUUGACGGCCCUCCCAUUCCUCCAAGUGCUUACGGGAACCAAGCCCUCGCGCCGUCGAUCAUCCGAUUCGCAACAGCCACUAAGAACGAAGCACUGUGUAAGUCAGUCGUGCGUGCGCUCUCUCAGCCCCUCUCCUUGAACACCAUGCGGGCGCUGUUGAACUUCCGGAUCGCCAUGGGGCAAUGGGAUUCCGCGACUAUGAUGCUGGAGUACGUCCGCGACUAUCGAUUGAAGUCAUGGGGAUACAGCAACGUCACGGCGCUGGCCGCAGCAAUCGUGCGGAUGGACCACGCUGUCAAGCAGCAACCCUCCACAAUGCAGCAGAGCGACCUAGACCGCGCAAAGGACCUUCUCCUCCGCCUCCUCAACGGCGAAUUCAACGAAUCCCAUCACUCAAAAACCAGCUUUCAAGACAGACUCAUCCACAGCAUUCGCCGUGUCUUCCUGGCCAUGCCAGGCUCCCUUCGCGAGGUCGCCCAAAAAACUCACCUCAAGUACAAAGCCAGCCCGCGCAGCAACCACCCCUACAUCCCCGCCACAGCCUUCCACGCGCUCCUCUCCGCCGUCGUAGACACACAGGGCAGCGCCGCCGGCAAACGCCUCUGGGAACAGUGGUGCCUCGACGUCCGCUCCCCGACCUUCUCCCGCCUCCAGGAAGGCGGCAUCACCCGCCUGUACCUGCAUCGCGAGCGCGACCCGCGCAAGGGCGACCCGCACUUCGACCCGAGGUACUUCGCGCAGACGCAGAAGAAGGCGGUCCUGCCGAACCCCAAUACCAUCCGCAUCAUCGCGCAGCAGGCGGUGAAGGAGUACACCGAGUUCGACGAGGCUCGCCGACGUCAACAACCUGUACAGCUUGAAGAGCAAGACUCGAACCCCGCCCUUGAAGUCGUGGAAUUCUGUAUCCGGCAGUUCCAGGCUUUCCGGGUGCCGUGGAAGGAGAUCAAUAGGGAACUCGGCGGGCUCGUGUACUGCCUACACAGGGAGAAGAAGAAGGAGCGAAAGAAGAUUGGAAAAGACGGCGCCUACACUUCCAACAAGUAA